GCCGGGCAAUGGUAGCGACAGCCCCGGCAGCCCCUGGCCCUUGUCUCCGCGGUCCCCGUCCCUGGGCUCCGUAGGAGGAGGCAGAAUCCCUGCGCUCCCGCUUCGGAUUCCAUGCAGCCGGCUGCUCGGGAAUGGUGGGCAUGGCUGGGGACAAGGGAAGAGGGGAAAAUGCCUUCUGCGGCGGAGAGGCAGCCUGCUAGUUCGCAUUGCUCUCGGGCUUGGACUGAUUGCUCCAAAGCAGUAGAUCAAGAUUUUCACAACCAAGCCACGGAGAGGGAGGAAAAUCAUCCUUCAGCCCAGUCUUUUGAAGGCUUCUCCAUUAUCAUUCCAAAAUGCUGCCUAGCAGGACUGCUUAGCCAGUGCUAGCUGUUAGAGAUUGAGACCUCCUGUGUGUGUUGUGGAGCCAAUAUAGCCUCAUUUCCGGGGCUUGGGGUACGCGAAUGUUUCUGCUAUUCAUUUUGGAAAUAAAAAAUACUUCUUGAGUUGUAUGGGCUAGAUAAAGUGUACAAGUUAAAGGGACCGUUGGGCAGGAAAGAAAUCGUACCCUGUCCUUAUUUAACAGCAAGACAAGAGGAAAAGCCGUGUAGCUGUACUAAUGUUUGAAGAAAUGCUGAAUUCAGUAAUUUGCAAAACAUAGCGUAUGGAUUUUUAGCAACCGAAGAACAAGAUAAGGUGUCGAUUCUGGAUAUUGGUUGUAGGACUUUUAUAUUUUUAUGACUAUUAUUUUUGGUUGGCUUUUUCCCCAUUCCUUUUGGAUGUGAAUUGAAGAUCUACCGGAGGAGCGCUGGACGAGGCAACAGGAGGACCCUUACUUCGUUUUACUUGGAAACGCUCAUUGCCGCGGUACCUUCAAGUUAUAUUCCACAGUCAUGUGGUCAUCACAGCUGCUGCUCUUCACAAUGCUCUUAGCACCAGCAGUGCAUGCUUUCAGUCGUGCCCCAGUUCCUAUGGCGGUGGUCCGGCGGGAACUGUCCUGCGAGAGCUAUCCAAUCGAACUUCGCUGCCCGGGAACAGAUGUCAUCAUGAUUGAAAGCGCCAACUACGGCAGGACGGAUGAUAAAAUCUGUGACUCUGAUCCUGCUCAGAUGGAGAAUAUCCGCUGUUAUCUGCCAGAUGCCUAUAAGAUUAUGACUCAAAGAUGCAGCAAUCGCACACAGUGCGCAGUCGUCGCGGGCCCUGAUGUGUUUCCAGACCCUUGCCCGGGAACCUACAAGUACCUGGAAGUGCAGUAUGAAUGUGUCCCUUACAAAGUGGAACAAAAAGUUUUUCUUUGUCCUGGCCUCCUAAAAGGUGUGUACCAGAGUGAACAUUUAUUUGAAUCAGACCAUCAGUCUGGGGCCUGGUGCAAGGAUCCUCUGCAGGCUUCAGACAAGAUUUACUACAUGCCCUGGACCCCGUACAGAACUGACACGCUGACGGAGUAUUCUUCCAAGGAUGAUUUCAUAGCUGGGAGACCAACAACCACCUAUAAACUUCCUCACCGGGUAGAUGGCACCGGAUUUGUUGUGUAUGACGGGGCUUUGUUCUUCAACAAGGAGCGAACCAGGAAUAUAGUCAAGUUUGACCUGAGGACAAGAAUCAAAAGUGGGGAGGCUAUUAUCGCUAAUGCCAACUACCAUGACACCUCUCCAUAUCGGUGGGGAGGCAAAUCUGACAUAGACCUGGCGGUGGAUGAGAAUGGGCUAUGGGUAAUCUAUGCAACAGAACAAAACAAUGGCAAAAUUGUCAUUAGCCAGUUAAACCCUUACACCUUAAGGAUUGAAGGGACGUGGGAUACGGCCUAUGACAAAAGGUCAGCAUCCAACGCUUUCAUGAUCUGUGGGAUUUUAUACGUGGUGAAGUCUGUGUACGAAGAUGACGACAAUGAAGCCACAGGAAAUAAGAUAGACUAUAUUUACAACACUGACCAAAGCAAGGAUAGUCUGGUGGAUGUUCCCUUUCCAAACUCGUACCAGUACAUCGCUGCUGUGGAUUAUAACCCCCGGGACAACCUCCUUUACGUAUGGAACAACUAUCACGUGGUGAAGUAUUCUUUGGAUUUCGGACCACUGGACAGCAGAUCAGGGCAGGCACACCACGGGCAGGUUUCCUACAUCGCUCCACCAAUCCAUCUGGAUUCGGACCCAGAGAGACCGCCUUCGAAGGAAGUAUCGACAUCUCGGGCGCACGGCCAAGGAAGCACCACCACCAGCACCACCUUGCUCCUCCCCGCCACGAGCACCGGCCGCACCACCACCGCCUCUGCCGUGGGCAGAAGGAACAGGAGCACGAGCACGCCCUCCCCGGUGGUGGAUGUCCCCGACGACAUGACCACCCCCCUCCCUCCCGCCUCCUCCCAGCUGCCCGCGGUGGGGGCAGAGAGCUGCGAGGCCGUGGAAGCCCGUGAGAUCAUGUGGUUUAGAACUCGACAAGGACAGCUGGCAAAGCAGCCGUGCCCUAUGGGGACAGUAGGUGUUUCGACUUUCCUGUGUCUCGCUCCUGAUGGGAUCUGGGACCCACAAGGGCCUGACCUCAGCAACUGCUCUUCUCCCUGGGUCAACCACAUCACACAGAAGCUGAAGUCCGGGGAGACAGCUGCCAACAUUGCCAGAGAGCUUGCAGAGCAGACGAAAACCCACUUGAACGCUGGAGACAUCACGUAUUCCGUGCGCGCCAUGGACCAGCUGGUCGGCUUGCUGGAUGUGCAGCUCCGAAACUUGACUCCAGGUGGGAAAGACAGUGCUGCGCGCAGUUUAAACAAGCUUCAGAAAAGGGAGCGCUCUUGCAGGGCCUAUGUCCAGGCCAUGGUGGAGACGGUUAAUAACCUCCUGCAGCCGCAGGCUCUGAAUGCCUGGAGAGACCUGACGGCCAGCGACCAGCUGCGGGCAGCCACCAUGCUGCUGGAUACGGUGGAGGAAAGUGCCUUUGUGCUGGCCGAUAACCUCCUGAAGUCGGACAUUGUCAGGGAGAACACUGACAAUAUCCAAUUGGAAGUUGCAAGACUAAGUACCGAUGGGAAUUUAGAAGACCUGAAAUUUCCACAGAACAUGGGCCACGGGAGUGCCAUCCAGCUAUCAGCAAAUACACUGAAACAAAACGGGCGAAAUGGUGAAAUCAGAGUGGCUUUUGUGCUGUACAACAACUUGGGUCAUUAUCUGUCCACGGAGAACGCCAGCAUGAAGUUGGGAACAGAGGCCAUGUCAACCAAUCACUCCGUCAUAGUCAACUCCCCCGUCAUUACAGCAGCAAUAAACAAAGAAUUCAGCAAUAAGGUUUAUCUAGCUGAUCCGGUGGUGUUUACCGUCAAGCACAUCAAGCAGUCGGAAGAAAUUUUCAACCCAAACUGUUCAUUCUGGAACUAUUCAAAACACACGAUGACGGGCUAUUGGUCGAAGCAAGGGUGUCGUCUCCUGACCACAAACAAGACACACACCACGUGUUCCUGUAAUCACCUCACCAACUUUGCGGUCUUGAUGGCCCAUGUGGAAGUGAAGCACAGCGACACGGUCCACGACCUGCUCCUGGACGUGAUCACGUGGGUCGGCAUCCUGCUGUCGCUCGUCUGCCUCCUGAUCUGCAUCUUCACCUUUUGCUUCUUCCGCGGGCUCCAGAGCGACAGGAACACGAUUCACAAGAACUUGUGCAUCAGCCUGUUUGUGGCGGAACUCCUCUUCCUCAUCGGGAUCAACCGAACAGAUCAGCCAAUCGCCUGUGCUGUGUUUGCCGCCCUGCUGCACUUCUUUUUCCUGGCUGCGUUCACCUGGAUGUUCCUGGAGGGGGUGCAGCUGUACAUCAUGCUGGUGGAGGUGUUUGAGAGCGAGCACUCACGCAGGAAGUACUUCUACCUGGUCGGCUAUGGAAUGCCUGCCCUCAUCGUGGCCGUCUCCGCCGCCGUCGACUACCGGAGCUAUGGCACGGAUAAAGUAUGUUGGCUCAGACUUGACACCUACUUCAUUUGGAGCUUUAUAGGACCAGCGACCUUGAUAAUUAUGCUUAAUGUAAUCUUCCUGGGGAUUGCUCUCUAUAAAAUGUUCCAUCAUACUGCCAUCCUGAAACCUGAAUCCGGCUGUCUCGACAAUAUCAACUAUGAGGAUAACAGACCCUUCAUCAAGUCAUGGGUUAUAGGUGCAAUAGCCUUACUCUGCCUCUUAGGACUGACUUGGGCCUUUGGACUUAUGUAUAUUAAUGAAAGCACAGUCGUCAUGGCGUAUCUCUUCACCAUUUUCAAUUCUCUGCAGGGAAUGUUUAUAUUCAUUUUCCAUUGUGUGCUCCAGAAAAAGGUACGUAAAGAAUAUGGAAAAUGCCUGCGUACACAUUGCUGUAGUGGGAAAAGUACAGAGAGCUCCAUUGGCUCAGGAAAAACAUCUGGAUCGCGGACACCUGGACGCUACUCCACAGGCUCGCAGAGCCGGAUCCGGAGAAUGUGGAAUGACACCGUUCGAAAGCAGUCCGAGUCUUCCUUUAUUACCGGAGAUAUAAACAGCUCAGCCUCACUCAACAGAGCAGAGAGUGGAAGAACCCCAAACCAGGAGUCACUCUUUAGAAGAGUCCCGAUGGAGGACAGUGUCAUCUAGCAACAGGAAGUACCCAAGGAUCCCCAGGUUCUGUGCCUGGUAUCAGGGCUUAACUGGUAAUGGAGGAGGUACCGGGGCUCACGCAAUUUUUAUUUUUUACUUUCGUGACUGACACAGCAAGCCCAGAGGUGCCGGGACUAUGAACGGCCAAGCCCUGGCAGAAAAAAAGCACCGCUUGACUGGCUCUCUCAGCAUGUACUUCUCUGUUCCUCAGUUUACCCAUCUCGAAAGGAGCUAGUGAAUCUCAGCUCACAGGAGGUGUGAAGCAAAGCAGUAGGGGACCUUGGACUCUCUACAGAGCUCUGCUGAGAAGGAUUUUUAGAAAGGCUUUGUUGCGUGAGAUACACAAUAUGGCACGCCGCUGGACAGUUAUUGUUUUUAGUGGUGGCUAAUGGAUUUUCAAGUGUGGCCAGAGAUUUUGUGAGGCCGGAGAUUUGGGUGCCCAAUUUGAGAGAGAGUCAAAUGGGCUUCACGUGCAGAAACAUUCACCUCUGAAAGUUAUGGCUCAGUAAGGAGUCCUUCGCUGUGCACAAUAAACCCUGGGGUAUGCGCAGGGUCACUGGUCGCUCUUGUACAUACUGGCCAGCAUGUAACAGAGCUAAUAAAGGGUGGAAAGAGAGAUACCUUAUCAUGCCAAAAUGAGCUAAGCUGUCAGCACAGUGCAGCAAAGUGUUAUUGUCCCUUGUAAAUAGAAAACAUUUCACAGCAACUUCUCUGACAGCUCAGUAAACAAAGCACUUCUGAGUGAAAGCUGAUUUGAUUUCCUGUCCCUCUGUAAAUACAGCUGGUUUCUUUCUUUGUUUGGUUUUUUAAAGUGAGCCUUAUUCUCUGGAGGACAGUGAUUACAGCCUUUUAGCAGAAACUUUUUUCCUUUGGUGGAAAAAAAUGCAGAUUCAGUCACAGGGAGCCAAUCAUUCUGUUACUUUUCAAAACUGCCAAUGAACUGAAAAAUCUGUUGGUUACCCUCUUCUAGCACUGAUGUCUCAUUCCAUAGUGUUGUACAACACACCCAGGCCUCCAGUGAUUAUCCGUGACCCUGCAGCGGCAUUAUUUGGCAACAGGGGCUUUCUCGGACUCAAAGUCCAGAGAAGCACCAAGUAGCUGCACAGCGCGUAUAUGAACCUGCAGCAGUUACCAUGAGGGAGCCUGAUUAGACAUACGGCCACUGGCAGUUAAUUCUACUGACACUUCUCCAUUGCUGGCUACGACUGGCUUUCUGGGGGCGGAUUCUUAGGUGAUGUGCUAGCUGUGCUAGUGACACUGGGGGUUGUCUGGGCGUAGCUACAUCCCUCACGGGCGUGGGUGUAUUUUUCACACCCUUCAGCGAUGCAGAGUUACUGCUGAAAGUUUUCAGUGUAGAACCACUCUUAGCUAGUAUAAAUAGUUAGGCCAGUUGCUCAGAGGAUGUAAAUCGGCCUAUUAUGUUCCUACAGCCAAGGCAGAAUGUAAAGUCUUAGAGCUGUCUAGUUUUGUGUGUGUGUGUGUGUGUGUGUGUGUGUGUGUGUGUGAGAGAGAGAGAGAGAGAGAGAGAGAGAGAGCGAACGAACGAACGAACGAACUCAUGUUUGGAGGGGUUUUAGAACUUGAGAGCCCAAUGCCCUGUGUGAGAGAGAGAGAAGGGAGUCUUGCGGGGGAGAAAAUGGGACUAUGCCUUACACUUACCCCUCUCUCUAUGGGAAUACAGAACAGAACACACAGGUGAGGCUGUGGAAUCAGGUGUAUAAUCAGCAUAAGUUUGGAAUGAUUUCCUCUUGAGUAAUAGGGCAAAGUCAUGAGCACAGGGAAGCCAAAAGUUCACUGGGCCAGGUAGGAGGGUGGCGCCAUCCUGCCAGAAGGGGCAGGACUGGGCUAGCCACACCUCACCAGCCUUUGAGCACGGCCCAGCGCUGUUCCAGACUAUGCUACCAGAGUCCUACGCAACAUGCUCCAAUUUAAAGGGCUCAGUAGUAGUGACGGCCGGGAGCCCUAGUUGCCUCCCCGGUGGGGCCUGCAUGAGCGAUUACUAACAAAGGAAAUCUUUGCUUCCCACCACAGCAUCAUAUCUACAGAGCCAUUUUGAAUGAUUUUGUUGUUGUUAAAUAUAUGGCUUAAGGCCUCGGGCCUGCAAACAUGGCACAUUCUUAACGGAGUAUAGGUUGCAUUCAGGCAUAAAUGUUUGCAGGACUAUGGCCACCCAGCAUUAAUUAACAUUUUCUUUUGAAUUAUUCUUUCCUAAUUAAAGUCAGGCUCAUUGACUGCGAGUCCCACUGCACAGACGCUUGCAGAAGAAGAAAAUUAAAUUAUCCAGAAUAACUUUUCCUAUACAAUGAAAAUUGCUCAGUCUGGAAUCUCCGAAUAAGCACCAAACAUAUGCUAUGAGCCCCCUGGAAAAUCAGAAGCUCCUCUUUCCAGGGGUAUGGAGUUGCCACUUCUAGCGCUGAUGAGCCAUGAGAUAUGGCCCCUGAUGAACGUUGGUUCUGUGUAACUUUUGGGGUGGCAACAGAGGGAAACCUUUCUCUGACAGCUUGAUUAACUGGUCGUGGCCGCUGUCUAAUGGUUCUCAGACAUUUGGACCACUAGAUGGCAAUGCCCAAAGUGACAAAAUGUGGAGCCAUUUAUCAUUUCUCCAAGUGUCUGGCCUGUUUCCUAACCAAUCUCAGCUGAAACUAUUCUAACAGUCAAAUUUCCACACAUCCACUUAGAAAAAUCAGACUCCUCUAGAAAAGGUUUCCUUUUACCCAAAAGGAAGUUUUUCUUCCUGCAGGGCACAGUCAACCUGUGGAACUCCUUGCCAGAGGGUGUUGUGAAGACCAGGACUUUAACAGGGUUCAAAAAAGAGCUAGAUACAUUCCUGGAGGACAAGUCCAUCAAUGGCUAUUAGAGGCUAGGGACACCUUCCCUGCCCAUUGUGGCAGUUUGCCAGAGACUGGAAAUGGGUAACAGGAGAUGGAUCACAUGAUGAUUCCAUGUUCUGUU